UGGGGACGCUCAGGUGGCACGCGGCGGACACAGAAACUACAACUCCCAGCGGUGGCCACGGUGGCAGUCAGGCCCCGCCCAGCGGCCUGCGCUCUGGGUUAGGUCCCGGCUCAGGUCCCGGGUUAAGUCCGGGCUCAGGUCCCAGCGCUCGGAGUCACAAAGCCGGUAGGCAGGGGCGCCCAGCCGGCGAGCCGCAUGGAGCCGGGUGCCGGAGACCGCUGCUUCCUGGGAGAUGUGGGUUUCUGGGUGGAGCGUACACCUGUGCACGAGGCAGCUCAGCGGGGUGAGAGCCUGCAGCUUCAGCAGCUGAUUGACAGUGGAGCGUGUGUUAACCAGGUCACUGUGGACUCAAUCACACCCCUUCACGCAGCGAGUCUGCAGGGCCAGGCCCAGUGUGUGCAGCUGCUGCUGGCAGCUGGCGCCCAGGUGGACGCACGCAACAUUGACGGCAGCACCCCUCUUUGUGACGCCUGUGCCUCAGGCAGCAUCGAGUGUGUGAAGCUCUUGCUGUCCUAUGGGGCAAAGGUCAACCCUCCUUUGUACACGGCUUCCCCAUUACAUGAGGCCUGCAUGAGUGGGAGUUCUGAGUGUGUGAGGCUUCUUAUUGAUGUUGGAGCCAACCUGGAAGCACAUGAUUGCCAUUUUGGGACACCUUUACAUGUUGCCUGUGCACGGGAGCAUUUGGACUGUGUCAAAGUGUUGCUCAAUGCAGGGGCCAAUGUGAACGCAGCCAAACUUCACGAGACCGCGCUUCAUCAUGCGGCCAAGGUAAAGAAUGUCGACCUCAUUGAGAUGCUCAUAGAGUUUGGAGGCAACAUCUACGCCCGGGACAACCGGGGCAAGAAGCCCUCGGACUACACGUGGAGCAGCAGUGCCCCGGCCAAGUGCUUUGAGUACUAUGAAAAGACACCUCUUACCCUCUCACAGCUCUGCAGGGUGAGCUUGCGGAAGGCCACUGGUGUCCGAGGGCUAGAGAAAGUCGCCAAGUUGAACAUCCCUCCCCGGCUUAUCGACUACCUUUCCUACAACUGAGCUGCAGACAGAGGGCUGGAAAGGCUGAUGACUGGCCCAAUGUCACCUUGCUAUGCCUAGCCCUGGGCCUUAAAGAGUUCUGCCUGUUGCUCUGAAACACCAUCAUGGCUGUGGGUUGGUUGAUGCUCCUUCAUGUUGUCCUUUUUGAUGUCUUCUUCUGACCCCCAGAGAAGAUCUCUGAAGCACCAGGAGGCCAGUGUCUGGCAUCACAGCUGUGGAUGUAACCUGUGCUAGUCUUCUGGAACAAAUGCAGUCACUCUAGGAUGCGUUCAGUUCUCCAUGUUUCUCUUUUGAUUGCUUUUUAUCUGGGUGCCAUGCCACAGAAGCAUCAGGUUCCAAGCACUUGACCCUGUGGACUGGGAUACCACUCGGCUGGCAUCUUGCCACUUGAAUAGUUUUUCUGGGGCAGCAGCUGACACUUUCCAAGGUCUACCUGCACCCAGGUAUAUCACUCAGGGGCUUUACAGAUCAGAGUUUGUACCCCCACAUCAAGCAGUGUUUUUUUUGGGGGGGAAAUGACUGUCUCCAAUAUUAGGACUCAAAUCUGUUAAAAAUUUUAUGUUGGGGCCUGGAGAGAUAGCUUGGGGCUAGAGUUUAGUUCCCAGAACCCACAUAAGGAAGCUCGCAAUUGCCCGAUACUUCAGCUCCAGGGGAUCCGACACCCUCUUCUGGCCUCCUCAAACAUUCAGACAUGUAUGUACACACACACACACACACACACACACACACACACACACACACACACACACGAGAGAGAGAGAGACACACAGAGAGAGAAAUAAAAUAAAAUCGUUAAAAAGUUGGAGACCCUUUAGAAUUUGUGUAUAUAUGUUCAUCAUUCAUAUAUAUGCUGUAACAAGAUUUGUAAUGAGCAAUGCAAACAGUAGCUAAUAUGAAAGUACAAAACUUUAUUCCAAUGAGAAUGAGAUUCCUUAGCCAAGGCAGGAAAGGGGGUCAUGAUUCCUUCCUAUAGUAAUAAACAUGAGUCCUGUACAUUGUGGGUGAAAUACUAAGUCUUGCAUUCAGACUUAGUUUUCCCAAUUGACAUUCUAUAUCUUAACAAUACUGAUAAUACCCCACAUACAAUAGAAAGACCUAGAGAAUUUUCCAGUAGUCAUUCUAUACUGAGAAAAGCCAUCUUGUUCUGUCAGUCUUAGGUACAAGUUCUGAGGAAAUCCAUGUUUUUGCAUGGAGUAGUAAUAGCAAUCAUUUUCAAAAAGGCACCGGAUUCUGCUUCUUUCAUCUUUGUAACAGAAUCUUGCCUCCAGCAAUAAAACCCAAUAACAGCUCAUCUGUUUUAGCUUUUGGUAUACAAUAAGGUUCUCUCACCAUUAUUGACCAAUAAAAGUGGUUGGAUGCAG